AUGAAUUUCGCUGCGUUCGCAUCCGCGGUUGACCAGUCUAUCCGAAUUCCGAAAGCCACGCUGACCGAGGCCAAUCUGCCUGACCAGAGCAGAAAGGUAGCGCGAUCAAUCACGCAGGAGUCUACAUGCGAAUGCUAAUUGAGUUGCAGGUCUUCAUUGUCACCGGCGGGUAUAGCGGCGUAGGGUUUGAGCUCUCGAAGAUCCUCUAUCGCAAAAAUGGAACGGUCUAUAUUGCGGGACGAGACCCAGAAAAGGGAGCGAAAGCGGUCCUCGCGCUGCGGGCCGAUUGUCCCUCUUCAGUCGGCCACUUGGAAUUCCUUCCUUUAGACCUGGCCGACUUGAGUAGUAUCAAGGUAUCCGCGGAUCUUUUCAAGUCAAAGGAGAAUCGGUUGCACGUCUUGACGAAUAAUGCUGGAGUCAUGAGGCCUCCGAUUGGCUCCAAGACAAAACAGGUUUCUUCCACUAUUCUGUUCUGUUUUGCCUUCUCCUUCAUUCGCUAACCUUGAUAUAGGGUCACGAGUUGCAGAUGGGGACAAACUGUAUAGGACCACUUAUGUUUACAAUGCAGCUGCUUCCUCUCCUGCAAGCAACGGCAGCCGUUGAGCCCGAAGGCACCGUCAGGGUGACAUGGGCGUCAUCUGUGUUCACCGAUUUGACCGCUCCUAAAUUUGGCGUCGAGUUGGGGAGCGAUGGUUCACCCAAGGUGCAUGAUAAACGAACGGUUGAUUAUGGUCAAUCCAAGGCUGGCAACGUCCUUAUCUCAUCCGAAUUUGCGCGAAGAUACAAAUCUGAUGGGAUUGUCAGUGUGGUACGUAUAGCCCGACCCAAGAUUCAGAAAGUAUAG